AUUCUGACCCCGCCCAUUUUCCAAGCGCUUCCGCUCCCUGAGUGCUGACGAAUCAGUACAGAGAUUUCUCUGACGGUGGCUGAGGAGGGUCAUUCAGUGUGAGACGUGUCUCUACUGUUCAUUCUCUCUCCGAUACCGGCCAUGGCUCCGAAAGGUGGUAACAAGCAGCAGUCCGAGGAAGAUCUGCUUUUGCAGGAUUUCAGCCGCAACCUGUCGGCUAAAUCUUCAGCGCUUUUCUACGGCAAUGCUUUCAUCGUGUCUGCUAUCCCCAUUUGGCUGUAUUGGAGAAUAUGGCACAUGGAUCUGGUGCAGUCGGCUGUGCUAUAUACAGUAAUGACGCUGGUCAGCACCUACCUUGUGGCUUUUGCAUACAAGAAUGUUAAAUUUGUCCUCAAACACAAGGUGGCGCAGAAACGCGAAGAUGCUGUUUCUAGAGAAGUGACCCGAAAACUUUCGGAAGCAGACAACAGGAAGAUGUCCAGGAAGGAAAAGGAUGAAAGGAUCCUUUGGAAGAAAAAUGAAGUCGCUGACUAUGAGGCAACUACAUUCUCCAUUUUCUACAAUAAUACAUUAUUCCUGGUUUUGGUGAUUGUUGCUUCUUUCUUUCUUCUGAAGAACUUCAACCCCACGGUAAAUUACAUUUUAUCUAUAAGUGCUGCCUCUGGACUUAUUGCUCUGCUUUCUACAGGAUCAAAAUAAAUGGACAAAGUUAUUUCAAAGACAUUCAUAAAAAAGGGUUGUUUUCUUUUUUUUUUUUAACAAACUAUGUAAAAUAAA